AAUGACAGUUUGUUUUUGUUUAAUUUCAAGAUUGCAGCGACGUUUCGUAAUUAUCAAUGGCAUUGAUGCAAAAUUAUUAUUGAUUCGAAUGGUUUACUCAGCGUCUAGUUGAUAGAAGAUUGCAUACUGAAGUGAAUGUGUUCAUGUCUUCAGAUAAUUCAAGUAGUGCUAUGCAUUCUGAUAUAAUACCAGCCGCAGCUGGCAAUGUUGCGGUAACCGAAACUAUCACACAAGAUCAAAUUCCUGGCGGUAGUCGCACUACGGAACGUCCAGUACUCCGUCUACGACUUCAGAAACCACGAUCUUCGCGAAAGGUGCAGUGGACCAACGGAACAGUUGAUAAUGAACAUUUAAAUCGGAAAAAGUCGAAAUGUUGUUGUAUUUACAAAAAACCACUCCAAUUUGGUGAAAGCUCAUCGGAAAGUGAGGAUGAGUGUGAACAUUGUUUUGGACAUGUGGAGUUGAAGAAAAAGAAUAAACAACAUCCCGUCGACUCCGGUGAAGAUUCCGUGGACUCCUGCGUUAAUCGGCAAUGUACGAUUGAGACAGAAAACGAAUUGAUAAACGACUCGCCUGUUCCUGUUCAGAACAAAGACGAUCCAGGUGAACCAAAAGAUAACGAGCUGAAUGCUACAUAGAAAGUUUGCAGGGAUACUGGCUGCUGUUUAUACAUAACUUAUCAUAUCUCAUAUGCUAUUUGAAUGAUUUUUAUUUCUUGAACCAAGAAAUGUGUGUUUUUUUUUUCAAGAGUGAUCAAUUUCAAA